AUGAAGUCCAACACCCUCCUCACCCUCCUCACCACCGCAACCACCACCCUCGCCGCCCCAUCCCCCCGCUCCCUCAAACCCUUCAACGUCAUCGACUUCAGCGCCAAAACCUUCACCAACGAUACCGCCUCCAUCUUCCUCGAAGCCAGCGAUUUGAAUAAUAACCAGACUGCUACUGCUUGUGAAGUGUACUGGUUCGUAUACCCCCUCCCAUUCUACCCUCUUCUCUGUUCCCAUCCACUGUCCAACAAAAAGCAAGUUAUGUUUAUACUGAUAUCAAUGUCUCUGGACGACAGGCAACCAAGCACCCCCAUUUCCGCAUCAACCGUAAUCGACUGUCUAUAUACCGCCUACGCGCUAAGUUUUCCAGAUGGAUUGGGGAGUGAUAUUGAGACGUUUACGUUGAAGGUGCAGACGACGGAGAUUGCCUAUGUGCCCGAGGAAGGGGAGGUGAGUUUGGAUGCGGGGAGUGGGGAUGGGUGGGUUUGUGAGGAUGGGGAGGAUGGGGUUGAGGUGGAGUGUGUGUUUGAGGGGGUGUUGGAUAUUCCUGUUUAA